AUGGGUUACACCAAGCAUCUGUUUAUGUUGUCUGUCUGGAUCGCUUUUUCGCUUGUGCAUAGCUCUGCAUCGGCUGUCAAAGGCCUUUCUGCAGGAGAUGCACAUCCGGCAGUGCGCGUUCCACUGCAGGACCCCGGGAGCGAUAAAACGUGCUCCGCUGAAGGUAACGAAAUUACAGUAAACGUCGCCGCUAACGACGUUGAAGCAACGUUCAAGUGUGAUGGUACUGUUACUACCCUAUACCCGGCAGAUUGUAACGGCAACAGUUGCCCGUCCGUGUUAGGAUCCGGAGACAGCGAAAACGUACCGAUGAUUUGCGAAGAUGACAACUGCCGAACAAUAAAGCCUCUGACAGAGGUGUUUCCUGGUGCCAGGCGAAAUAAUAAUGACAACCACGUGUAUACGCUGACGUUUCCCGCUGAGGACCGGCCAAAGCAAGACGCAUGGUAUCACUGCAGAACUGCAGCAAAAACCAACCCUUGCAAGGUUAAAAUCAGCGUCGCAAAGGCUCUAAAAGACCCUCCGGAUACCCAGAUAUGCUCCAAUCAGAACCGCGAUAUUACAAUAGAGGUCGGAGAAGACACAACAGAAGCUAGGUUCAAAUGCAGUGACACACUAACCACGCUAGACCCGCAAGACUGCCCCGGUGGGACAUGCCCGGUGAUGGUGGCGCACGGCGAUGACGAGCCGGUAUCGAUGAUAUAUGAAGAUGAGGAUUGCAGUACAGCUAAGCCCUUAGACCAAGUAUUCCCAGGCGCCACGCGGCACGACGAUGCAACAAACCACGUUUACAAGCUGACGAUUCCAAAGGAAGGAAGGACGACAAAGGCCGCUUGGUAUCAGUGCAAAGGGUCAGCACGAAACAGCAACACCCUUUGCAAAGUCAAAAUCAACGUCACCGCUGCUCGGCCGACGCCUCCCACUCCAGAGGCGAAGAACAAAUGCACGGCCGGCGGCGAGGAACUGAAUCUCAGUGCGACGCCUCAGUUGCCUCUCACAUUCGUGUGCCCGCACGACCUUCCUCUAAAGCCUAGUGAAACGAGGGUGUACGACAACCGCGACGGUCAAUGCACGAACGAAGUGGACCUCUCUAGUCUCGUAGAUGCGACUCUCUCGAGCACAACUCAGGUGGAUACGUUGGCACCGGGAGAUACCACGUAUACAUUGACUGUGAGGAGGCUUCCGCCAGAGAGGGCACUGCUCUGCUAUAGGUGCUCGGGUCAAAGUGCCUCUUCGUACUCUUUCAGAAAGUCUAGAAGUCCUGAUGACGAAGCAGAUUGUUUGGUGAAAGUUACGAUCGAAGCAGACCCUACAUCAACGAGUCCUCCGACGACGCCGACUGAGACUCCGUCGACCCCUACGACAUCAUCUGCAAUGGCUAAAGGAAGUAUAGUUAUGUUGUAUCGUAACAUCCCAAUUGUGAUCUUGGCAGCGGGCGCGAUCUACAGGAUCUGA